UCGGAAGUUGACAUCCGCUUCCGACGGCCAGUUGCAUUCGGUGGUUCGCGUGAAUCGGUCGCAGCACGUCCGUCGUUCGUGUGUGUCUCCGCUUCCGGUUGAAUCGAGAAGAACGUCGUCUUUGGCUGCGGGAUAGUGAAUGCACAUACAGACACACGCAGAUAGAUCAGCACCGCCAUUUUCCGCUUCGUGAGUGACGUGGUGGCAGGCGAACAAGAGCAAUGGAAAUGCAGUGAACACGGCACGAGCACGUGCACGGGCGCGUUUUGUGCGCGAAUUCACAAUUCGCCAAAGUGGUGGGCCAACCAACGGUCCAAAAGGAACGUUGAAGCAAAAAAAAAAAAAAAAAAAAAACACUCAAAAAGCAGAAAGCGGAAAAUUCACAAGUGCAGGAAAAAUUGCUGUGCUGUCAGAGUUCGGUGCCACUUUGACCGCGAGAGGGUCCCAAAAACAGCAUGAAAGGGAGCGUUCAGUGUGUAAAUAAUUAAAAACGAUAAAUGACAAUUUGAAAAUAAUUACGCGCUGCACUACGUGUACGUGUGUGUGUGUGUAUUUGUGCCCACUUUCAACCGGACCGGUGAAAGUGUAUGUGUGCUUUUAAUGCUAGUGUGUGCUGUGCAAAAAAAAAGAUUGUCUGUGCGAGCAAAUUUGAAGUCGGUUUAAAAGCUUAAACCUUGCGUGCACAAACACACAAAACAUAAUCCGGGAUGGAAGCAUAAAAGGGUCCGCAGCAGCAGCAUCAUCAAACACGGAGAUGAUAGAGUGGAGGGGAAGCAUGUUUGCAUCCCCGGACAGCUACCGCUGUGUACACGUAUUAAAACAUUAAUCAACCUUAAAACUUUAACGAACGUGAGAGUGUGAGUGUGCGUAUGUGUGUGAGUGCAGUUGUGAAGUGCGUGAGGUUAAGUGAAGUGCAUGCAGAAUCGAUUGAGAACGUGAAAAGUGAAUCUACUGAUUGAAUGGUAUUUUCAAAGUGGAAAUAUUUUGGUCGCGAAAGGAAAAAAAUGUAGUUAAUUAAUGUUGAAAAAUAAAUACAUGCAAAACGAGCAAACAUAAGUGUAAAAGUGAAUAUUAUUAACAACAUAAAUGUAAAAGUAAUGUUUUAACCAUACAAAAAAGAGGUCAAACCAAGCAGCAAAACUAAAACAAAAACCCAGUUGAGAUGAUAACGGAGAUGAAAAAGUCACAUAAAAUACAUUGCGUGAGGUGAAAAAUCAGUUUCCAAAAAAGAAAGUGAAUCAAAAAUAACCGAAAAGUGAAAUUCAAGUGAAGGAAAAACAAACACACACUCGCCCACUGAAAAACCAUCCAUCAACGGGCUUUAGGAGCGAAAGGCUUUGCUGCACCUGUCCGGUGAUGCGCAUCGAGCCGCAGCUGAUUGGCAGCAGCGUAAAAAUGGAUUCUCGGAAGGCCCGGCGGUGCUUUCUGCUGAUCCGUGCCGGAUCGAUAUUUUUAAUCGGGAUCAUAAUUUUCCUCCCAGUGAUAGCCGCCCUGCGCGACGUUCAGGUUUCGGUGCCGCCCGCGGUGCGGCGGGGCGAUACGGCCACCCUGCACUGCUACUACGACAUGGACGGCGAAAGCCUGUACUCGGUCAAAUGGUACAAGGGCCGGCGGGAGUUCUAUCGCUACACGCCCAAGGAAAGCCCGCCGAUGAAAAUUUUCCCCGCCCAGGGCGUCCAGGUGAAGCGCUCCGCCUCCAACGAAAGCCAGCUUACGCUGCUCGGUCUGUCGCUGGCCUCGUCCGGCAAGUACAGCUGCGAAGUGUCGGCCGAUGCACCCUCGUUUCACACGAUGAUCGUGACUGGUGAUCUGGAAGUAUGCGAGGUCCCCAAGCAUGUGCCCUCGAUACACGGUAUGCGAUCGCGGUAUCGCGUCGGCGACAUUGUGCGCGGCAACUGCACGUCCCACAACUCGCGCCCACCGGCCAACCUCACCUGGUACAUCAACGAGGCACAGGCUAAUCCAUCGUACAUCCGCACACACAAACCGUUCCGGGAGCGAAAGAACGAGUUCGAAACGUCGCUGGCCGGCAUACACUUUGUGGUGGGCAAUCACCACUUUGUGAACGGGAAGCUGAAGAUUCGCUGUACGGCCCGAAUUCACGACAUCUACCUGCAGUCUACGGAACGCUCGAUCGACGAAGAUCGGCCACGAGUGAUUUCGGCCGCUUCGUCAGCAAACAGCAAUGGAAAGGGAGCGAACGGGAAUGCCGUACCGUACGAUCAUUUUCCACCGUACGCAGAGAACGAGCUCGAUCGGAAGGAUUACAUGACACAUCUUCAAGAUGUGGCAUCCGGAAGCUCACCCACAGCUCGCCCGAUCCUUCCAUCCCCAGCUCCACUCACCAGCUUCGAUCAGUUCCGGCUGACAUCGAUCAAUCACUUGCGGUGGGCGUUCGGGCCACUCACCGUGCUGAUGCUGCCCUUCGCUCACCCGCUGCUCAGUUCGCUCAUCAACCGAAUAGCACCGCCCCUGCGAGCAUGAUUUCGGACAGGCAACUAAGCGGGAAUGCCCGUAAGACAGCGAGCCAACUCGAAAGUGUCCAUCGUUUGGCCCGGCCUCGGAUGACUACCAGACUACCAGUGUAGCUUAAUCUUCAUUCUUGUCUCAACGUCGUGUCGCAAGCCUGCCCACGCGAGGGUGUAAACUGUCUGGAGCACGCCACCCCGUUUCAUACAGGUACAUUUAGAUUUAACGUUGCAGAUAUGGUGUGACAAAAGCAGAACAACUCUCCAAAUUGUAAAACAAACCCUUCAACCAUGGUAAACUAACAAACAAAAAACAAGACUUUGCGUAAGCAAACACGCAAUGAGCCUCAACGAACAAACGAGUAGCCAACAGUCAUCGGCCAUGGGCCGGUUUACUGUUAAGCUGGGGGGGAAAUAGAAAUAGGAAGGGAAACCUUCCCGGCGAAGAAGCAAAGACAAAAACAAAGCAAAGCAAGUAUUGUGCGGUGUAAUGUGUAUUAGAAUGUUAAGGUAAUAUGGUCGUUGCUAUUGGUCAUACGACCGGAGUCUAGCUAGUGUUAUUGCAUUGCUCAAUGAUGCAAUUGCAACAGGGUUGGGAUAGGAUGCUUCAAAGAGAGAUGCGCUAGAAGAAGAGGGUGACAUUGAAAGGAAAAUGAAUUUCUAUUACAGUUAAUGCAUAGAAUCUUCUCAUCGUUUCACUUCCGGUGAGCACCAUUUAGGGCAGGAAAGAAGGUGAAGACACAUUGAGCUCAAGCUACGACUCGAUGGCAUCGAGAUCUAAUUAUAAGCUCAGUAGAGUGCUCACUAGCGGCAGUAUAGUACGAAGCAAAUACGAUGUAGAGGUGAAUAUAGAUGUACGUGUUUUUGUGUAAAUUGUCCAACGGUGUGAAAUGUUUUGCUUUAAGUUAUUUUCGAUUGCUUUGAUUUGAAUUUCUUCCCUGUCUUAAGUAAUUGUGCGCUAAAAAGGAAAAAACUGUCCAGCAAAUUGCAUACAUUUCGGCGCUUUCACUAUUCCACGAAUCUAUUGGAGAAGAAUAGGGCCCAUUAAAUUGCUUUAAAACAAUCCUACAGAGUACUUUUUGCAUAAAAGUCAACCACCUUUUUAAUGCUAUGGUUGUCUACUGCUUUCGGUUUUGUCGUUUCGUUGAAAUGAAGAAGCUUCCCCCCCCCCUUUUUUUGCUGACCUUUCGCUAAUUAGAAUCCUUCGCCGAACGCUCCAUCCCUAAAACCUAUCCCCAGGCAAGUACAAUCCGGCGCAACGUUGAGUCCCUCACAUCUUGGUAAGGUUGUAAGUUUUUGCUGCUCCUUAAUUUCCUUUACGUUUUCCCCCUAUGCGUCAUAUUGGAAGACAAUUUCCAUUGUGUAAAUAACUAGUAAAAAAAAAACAAAAACAAAACAGUAAGCAUUACCGCUAGACGAAAGCAAGCGGGUUACAUUAAAGAAGCAACAAGCACUCUUCAACACAAAAACACAAAACAGAGCAACAACAAAAAAAAAAAAACAUUUAAAUUAUAAAUCGAGGACGAGCGAAGGAAGCAAGAGCUAAUGAUUGUACUUCCAUUCGUGAUAGGUAAUCGAGGAAUGUGAGGUCGAAGUCCGAUGUAAGAUAUUGAGGCAGCAGUCAGCAUAGUGUGGAGCUGUGUUUUCAAUGCUGCUCGUCAUGAUUGUACGAUAGACAUGCACAACACAAACUUCAGUUGGAGGGUUGAUGUUGUCAGAGCGAUGCGCCACGAGAUUUGACCGACAGCUGCAGCUGAAGGGUCGUCUACCGGGUGGUAGGACAGUUGUAAGUGUGAUAGCGAUAAGCGAAACGACUUGAAACGGUCGGGCUACUGAGGGCUUCAAACCGCAGACAAAUCCAGACGGCGAGAUUUGAAGCGCAUCGAUAAGCAUUGCGUUCCAGGAAUGGAAGGAUUCCCUUUCUGUUAUCCCUGCUCCUUAACUAAGGAGGAGCGAUAAGAGAGAAAGAGGGAGAGCGAUAUUGGUUAGAAAAUAUUAAUUCCAAGCUGAGCUGAGAUGUAAAUGCAAGGACGAAGCGAAAGGAAGCGAAAGUCACGGUAUUCAGAAUGCUGACUAAUUGAAUUGUGUAUCCGUGCUGGUGAAUCGGGAGCAUUCCAGCUGGUGAAGAAUAAAAUCUUGAACAAACGAAAAACA